UCGUUUCACAUCGCUACAGUAGGACGGAGAACGUCAGGAUUCACUUUCAGCAUAUUUCUCUUACAACUGUGGUGGAGAGUUGCCUACUAUGAACUGAAUCUCUUCCUAAAACAAAAAUAAGUAGAUUGUAGUGAAGUGACGCAUAAGACUCCAGUGUCGAGAGUUGUAAUUUUUUGCACCUCAAUGUAGCUAGAGGGAAAUGGCUGUGGAAAGCAUGACUGUCCAUCCAAACUCCCCAACUACCAACCACGAACACAACAGUCUCCUGACUGACGAAAGGCCAGAAGAUGAAGAGUUGGAGGAGGGCGAGCUGGAAGAUGAUGCAGGAGAAGUGGAGGAGGAGGAAAUGGAGGGAGGUGCAGCAGUGGUCCAAGGUGGAGAUGAGUGCGACGAAGCGGGUGGGGGAGGAGGUGAAGCAGGAGCAGAGAAGACGGCGGAGAGGCCUCGGAAAAGCAAGGAGCGCCACGGCAGCAGCAACUCGGACGACGAUAGGUCUCACCGCCGCAAGAGGAAGAGAAAGAAAGAAAAAGAACGAGAGAAGAGGAGGUCCAAGAAGAAACGCAAAUCAAAGCAUAAACGACACGCCUCCUCCGAUGACGACCACUCGGACUACAGCGACGACUCCGACUACAGUCCCAGCGAGAAGAGGAAAUACAGAGAGUACGGCGAUCAGUACGGCCCUUCUUCUCAUGGGGGCUACAGCAGCUCCAAGAAAGGCAGCUACAUGAAGAUGGACAAACAGAGUUAUGGAGGCUACGAUGAAUACAACGAGGACAACUACGAGGGAGAGGAGGAUGAAGAUAUGGGAGAUGAAGAUUAUGACGACUUCGCCAAGGAGCUUAACCAGUACCGCAGGGCCAAGGAGGGGGGCCGCGGUGGACGAGGGAGCAGAGGUCGCAUGAGGAGCCUGCGAGGCCGUGGAGGGCUGAGGGGAGGGAGGAGGGGGCGAGGAGGGAGCAGAGGGCGAGGAGGGAGAGGGAGAGAAAGAAUGGGAGGAGACGACGAUGGAGACGGCUAUGGAGAUGAAAUGGAGUACGGCGAUGACGACUAUGAAAACAUGGGGGAUGAAGAGUACGAUGACUACUCGAAAGAACUCAGUCAGUACAAAAAGUCCAAAGACCGAGGCCGAGGAGGUAAAGGAGGCCGCAGUCGAGGACGAGGUAGAGGAGGGCGGGGGCUGAUCCGAGGAGGAAAAGGUCGAAACAGAGGGAGAGGACGAGGCGACAUGGGGAACGAUGACGACAACAACGGAGACAUGGACAACGGGGAGGGGGGCGAUGGUCCAGGAGCAGGGAGGAGGCAUCAUAAUGAAAAACACCAGGACAGGAAAGGAAAGGCCAUCUGCAAGUACUACAUCGAGGGGAGAUGCACCUGGGGGGACCACUGUAACUUCAGCCACGACAUCGAGAUGCCCAAGAAGAAGGAGUUGUGUAAAUUCUACAUCACGGGGUUCUGCGCCCGAGCCGACCACUGCCCCUACAUGCACAGUGAAUUUCCUUGUAAGUUGUUCCACACCACCGGGAACUGUGUGAACGGAGAAGAGUGCAUGUUCUCCCACGAUUCCCUCAACGACGACACCCAGGAGCUGCUCAACAAGAUGCUUGCAGAGGAUGCAGAAGCUGGAGCCGAGGAUGAGAAGGAGGUGGAGGAGCUGAAGAAGCAGGGCAUCAACCCUCUUCCUAAACCCCCUCCUGGAGUGGGACUCCUCCCUACGCCUCCUCGGCCCAUUUCGAUGGACACCAACACAGGGGUGGGGGAUUAUGGUGGGCCCGCAGCAUGUGACUUUGGGGGUCAUCCUGGACCCAUCCAGGGUCCUAUUGCGGUUCCAGCUCCUGUCCCUGGACCCAACCCCAGCCCUGGUCCCCCUGUCCAUGGUCCUGAUGGAAGUCCAUUCCUGGGAGGGCCACCCCCAAAUCCCAGUGUCCCUCCUCCCCACAUGGUCCCUCCACCUGCAGGUGGAGGAGCCGGGAGCUGCGGGGGGAAGAAGAUCCCCUCGUUGUUUGAGAUUAAAGUCCAGCCGACGGGACAGCUGGCCCAGAAACUGGCCGUCAGAAGCCAGGUUCCCAGUGGAGGCCAGGCUCAACCCUCACCUCCUGGACCACAAGGACCCCCUGGUGCUGCUCCGCCCCGCUUCCCUGCCCCUCCAGGCAUGAUGUCCCCCGACAUGGGCUCCAGCGCUGGUGCAAAUCAGGGUCCUCCGAACAUGGGGCCCUGUGGACCCCCCAUGAUGGGAGGAUUUCCACCUGGUGACGGUCCUCCUCAGGGGGGAGGAAACUUCUUCAACAACUUCUACAAUCAGCAGGAGGGCAUACCGAUGGAGGGGGUGGUGUCAGAAGGCGACAGCUUCACCGGCAUGGAGGAGCGAGGAGGAGCGGGGGAUUUUAAUAAUCAUUCAGGGGGCCAAGAAGGCUCGGCUAAUGGCUCCUCAGCCAGCCAGGGAGGGAUCUCUGUUCCCGACUUCCUGCCUCCGGCUCAGCGCGUUCUGUUCAUGAGGAUCCAGCAGAAGCAGCAGGAGGAGGAGGAGAGAGCUCGCAGGAUGACUGAGGGAGGAGCGGACAGGAGUAAAGAUGUUGAAGGUGACUCAGGAAACUGGUACUCCAGUGAAGAUGAGGACGGCGGUGGCAGCGUGACCUCCAUCUUGAAGACGCUUCGUCAGCAGACUCAGGCUCCUCAGAAGUCUGACAGCCACCCGAGUGACCCCCGUCUCCAGAAAGCUGCUCCCACCAACCUCCCCGCUCGCCCAGCAGACCCCCGAUUGGCUCGGGACCCUCGCCUGGCCCGCAUCACCGACUCUGCUCAACACCCAGACCCGGCUCAGUCCACGGCCGGCCCGCCUUCCUCAGGACCGCCUGCAGAUCCGAGAUUAGCCAGGCUAGCUGCCUCGUCAGGAUCCAGCUCACAUUCACCUCCUGCUUCGAAGCCAGAACCUCCUCUGAUCUACAAGCCCCCGCCUCUUACAGCCCCAGCAGCAGAGGAGGAGGAGACGGAGCGGGUUCUAAGGGACAAGCCCGUGCCGAUUCCUUUGGACCCGCUCAUGGGCAUGGCUCUGAGGGACCCCCGCUCCCAGCUGCAGCAGUUCAGCCACAUCAAGAAGGACAUCGUUCUGCACAUGCCGGCCUUCUGUAAAACCAUCACCUGGUCCCCUGAAGACCUGCUCCCACUGCCUCUUCCCAAACAGGACCUCCUGCCACUCCCACCAGGCAUCCCCCCUGUACCCUCCCUGGACCCCCGCCUGUCCAGAGCUCAGCAGCUCCACAGGUCACAGUCUCCCCCCGUACAGCCCCCUCCCUCGAUGGAUCCCCCCGUGCCUUCCUCCUCUUCCCUCCCGGACUUUGAGCUGCUUUCUCGUAUCUUAAAAACCGUGAACUCGAGCCCGUCCAAGACUUUGUCUCCCCCCCACCUGCCCACUCCUGCUUGUCCUGCUUCUCUGCUGGUUCAGCCUCCCCCCGUGACUACCUCACUCGCAGAAAAACCAGUGGACCAGCGUGUCGCCCGAAAAACUCCGCCUGACUCCCGUCUCCAGCCACCGAAGUCAGCUCUGAAGCAGCCAUCAGAACCGGCGCCUGCUGCCCCCGUGUCCGCUGCGCCUCCAGCAACAGCAGCAGGUUCCCCCCCUUCCACCAUCGCCCCCUACGACCCGAGGCUCCUCUCCUCAGGGGGAGCAGGGUGCGGUGUAGGAGCCGGGACACCAGGGGGAGCCAGUGUGCUGAGCAGCAUCAGCCUGUACGACCCGAGGACUAACAAACCAGGGAGCCCCGCAUCCAGCGGUGGCUCCAACAACUCCCCCUCCUCAGCCAGCUCAGAGUCCAAACCCAGCGACCCCACGGGGGGAAAACCCAAGUCCAAGGAGCCCCUGUUUGUUCGGAAGUCCGCACUGGACCAACCAGAACCGGAGAAAAGUGGAGAGCAAGGUACGGAUCGAUAUAACAGCUACAACCGGCCGCGGCCGAAGCCCACGCCCUCACCUAACUCCACGACCCAGGUGGGGCCUGCCCCCGCAGCUGGAGGGCAGGGCCCACCUGGGGCUGCUGCUGCUGCAGAUCCAGGACCCGCUGGAGUCCACAACCUGCCCGUGUCCUCUCUGUUCGGGGUCGUGAAACAGGCCGCCAAACCGGGCGGGACAAGUAGCCCCUUUGGAGGGAACAGCCCGGCCCAGUCCGACCCAGCAGCCACCGAGCAGGACAACGCCUCCCUGAAGGACGUUUUCAAAGGAUUCGACCCGACAGCCUCACCGUUCUGCCAGUGACCCGACCCGGAACUCGAGUCCUAGAACCAGAACCUGCUGCUCCGCCAGGGUUCUUGUAGGAUUUAUGGACACUGGAAAAAAAAGAAUCGUAGAGCGUGCACUGCAGCAGCUGCCUGUAACAAACACACACACUCACUCACACACACACACACACACACACACACA